GCUGCGAUGAUGAGAUUACGCGCUGAUGACAAUAGAGAAGCACAUCACUGCUGUUGCCAGUCUAAUGUCUCUUCCAACUUCACUUCAGUAGAGUGUUACAUGCCACCCGCACAGCAGAGGCGUGUGGGACCAUAUUGCAAAUCACUUGCGUGUGUUCACCUCAUCCUAUGACGUCGACGGCUGUCGGUGGUAGGCCUACCAUAAUCGGUGCUCGAUAUUUUCAGCCCCUGGUUUAGUUUGCGUGUAGGCUUCAUUCUGCGAGCGCAUCGUUGGAAUCAGUUUACUUGUAAAGCGUGCUUUGGGAGUGAGGAAAUGACUCCAUCAGCAGCACAAAACUGAAAAAUAGGCAGUUGAUUUAUUUCUAGGUAACUGAGCAGAUUAUGGAAGAGAUCGAACAGUACCGGAACCCAAGUUCUACCUAAACUUAGCGAUUUGUCUGCGACGAUCACGAGCAGAGUCGAUUUUAUCAAAAGACGAGAUGCAAUGCGGAGAGUUAGCGCCUUAAGGCUCCAGGGUAGGGCGAAAUGAAGUCGCACAGGGAGAAUAACUGAGAGGAUGUUUGUCUCAAGUUAGAUUCGACAAAGCUGUGCAUGGACAUCUCAGUAUGUGUACUACAUCCACUUCAACCCUUCAUCGCUCAACGCUGCCAUUGGCGUCACUCUAGCUCUGCUGGGUAUGGGAGCUGCACUGUCCUAAGUGAUCGGUUGACGCGGUGGUCUCCGUUUCGAUUAUAAGCCGGAGUCUGGAUGGGGAUUCUUUUUUGAAACGAUUUUGACAGACUGCUGCAGAUGUAGAUGACCAUUCUACAUUGCGUAGCAGUUCACUGGCAUAACUCUCGAGGUCUCCUGAUUCUUCACAAUUGCCCUGUCCUUUGUCAUAACAACAGUUCGGACGGAAUUAAGGUGGCACAAUCUUGCCCAAUAGCCGUGAUUGCAAUCUGGAACCGUCAAACGUUCGUUAGCGUUAGCGGCGAGCUUCAAUGAUGCAAGACGUAUUUCCUUUGACGGGUUUGCGAUAAGCAUUUCUUCACAUGGUUCAAAAUCAAGCUCAGAAAUUGGCGCAGAUGGCUCAUCGCACUUUUUAAACAUACUGAACCUGUGGACGCAAACGGGGAAGAAUGUCUACUGCAAGUGAUGAGACGAUGAGUCUCGUGGGAAUCGUCAACAUCUCCACCGGAGAUGGACGGAAUGACGAAAACGGAUCCUUGGGGACCGGACCAGGGGAUGGAGAGAAUGAAGACCCGGUCAGCACUGUCAAGGUCAUCAUUACGGUUCUGUUCACGCUGGUGUUUAUGGUAGGCGUGCUGGGUAAUGUCUUCGUCAUUGUGGCCGCCACGGGCCGACUCCGGGGCCUCCAGAAGUCAAUGAGGGUCUUCAUCCUAAACCUCAGCGUGGCCGACCUGCUGUACCUGCUCAUCUGCCUCCCAUUCCAGGCUACCAUUAUCACCCUACCGUCUUGGAUCUUCGGCGGCUUCAUGUGCAAGAUGGUGCAGUUCCUGACCUACGUCUCUAUGUGCGCCAGCAUCUUCACCCUGGUGGCCAUGUCUAUGGAUCGCUACUUCGCUGUGGCCUAUCCGCUCAAGUUCUUCGGCCUGCGCACCUUGCGCAACUCCAUCUUCAUCAUCGUCUCCAUCUGGGUUAUAGCUUUGGGUUGUUCGGCACCGUUCCUCCGUGUGUUCCUGAUACUCAAGGCCGAGGACGAAUCUGGGCUUCUCGUGUCUUACUGUGUCGAGGGUGGUUGGGACAACCGUACGCAGCGGAAGCGCUACUACGCCUUCCUCUUCGCUGCCUGCUACAUGGUACCCCUGCUACUGAUGGUCCUGUCAUACGUGCUCAUCCUAAGAACCUUGUGGCGCACCUUCAAGCCCAACAGCGACACCGACUCCUCGUCCAACAAGGCCAAGAAGAAAGUCACACUGAUCGUCAGCGUAGUGGUGCUGGCUUUCGGCAUCUGCUGGUUGCCGCACCACGUGCUAUACAUGUGGAUUAACUUCGGCAAGUUCCCGCUGACAGACGGCACGCUGGCUCUCAAGAUGAUGGCGGUCACCCUGUCCAGCCUCAAUUCCAGCCUCAACCCCAUCAUCUAUUCCAUCAUGUCUGAGAAUUUCCGGCAAGCUUUGAAGAGAUGCUUCUGGCGAUGCACCAGCACACGGGAACGUACAAAGGUGGUGCCGCAUCAUUAUCGGUUAAAGCUACUCCGAUCAAAAAGAUCGUUUCAGGUUUGAAAAACCUAUCGAAGGUAAAAUCUUCAGCUCUAUUGUAUAUAACAUUAUUCUGAUAUCAUUAGUUGACAUUGAAACAAUUAAUGCCCAAUCAAAUAAUGUAUAAAAGAAAAACAAAUCCGAAAAUUACGACUGCUUGUCUUGAAAUCACUGAUCACUGGCAUCAUUUACUGCCAAACAAAGGCCACAAAUCAUCUUCUGGAAAUUUGCCUUAAAGGGCUGACUUAAAGUAAUGGCAAUCACUGUUGACUGUUCAUUGAAUUCGACACAGAAAAUGCAGCGGGCUUUAUUGCAUUAUCAUGCACCAAAGUAGGAGUCAAUUAUUGAAAAUUAUCAGUGGCUUAUAUAUCCCCUACCCACUCAAAAAGUGGAUAUAGGAUAUAUACCCCACAUCCUGCGCGGGAUAAUUUUACACCCAUGAAUUUAUUAUUUAGCACAAGUAAAUGACGGUGCAUGCACCGUCAUUUACUCCUCCUCAAAGCAACACAUUGAUGUACCUGACAUAUUUCCUCUUUCCGCAGUUGUACAGCACAACUUCUGAUAGCUGAAUCCCACAACUGAAUCGGGCAAAAAGAAUGUUAUAGAAUGACAAGUAUAAUUGAUCGAUUAUGCAUGGUAACCUAUGCACAAAAUAUAUACCAGGCACCAGGUAAAAUCGACAAGUGGUUCAUUAAUUAACAAGUUGUCGCUGAUUGUACGUGCCCCUGGUUUUCAAAAUGGAAAGAUUGUGUGUGUUUUUUUUAAAUACUGAUCUUCACCGCAAGCACCACACGAAGUAAACUUACUUUUUCUUGCGUAUCCUAUGGCUAAACGUCAAUCUGGAGGACAUAAUCGUUGGAUAAUCUUAGACGUCACGUGGAUCCAUUUAAAUAUUAACCACGUGACCACAAGUAAUAUGCGGCAUUACGGUGAUCAUGCACAUUGUUGAAGAGACGCUUCUUUAUACAUUAAUUGUCUAUCUAUGCUAUCUCCAACUGUGGUUUUUUUCGUCCGUCGGUUUGAAGCUGAAAAUGUCGAUAGCAAGCGUCAGUCAGUACAGCGUAAAUAAACGCGUCACUCAACGGCACAAACCCGCCUUUUGGAUCAACAAGAAACUGUCGCAUUCACCAAAUGUUUCAGUUUUCACUAUGGCUUUCCGACUGCGCUGAAUGGGGCGCUUGUCAUCAUCUUCCUGACUGGCCGUAAGCAAUUUUCAAUAUUUCCAAAUCUUGCUCGAGUUAAUGGAGAAAAAACAAACAACCCUUACCCAUCGCUUUGGGGUUGGAUAUGCAAGUAUUCCGCAGCAGAGCCUUGAAAGGUUUUCCAAGGUCUUCGCUGUCAAUCUAUCUAUCGAAAGAAAACUAAUGGAAGUCCAGAAAUGUAAAGAACCGGAGACGUAAGACUGGAAAAAUAAUAUGAUUACUAAAUUGUUUUGGACUGUUUCCUUGAAAUGAACAAGUAAUUAUGCACCUGAAUAUACCAACGGUGAAUUAGUUUAAUAGUAUGCUACAGCAUGGAUGUCAGUUCAAAACGGAUAUAUUUCUUCGGGAUUUAGGGGAAAUAGUUUAAGAAAUCGUAUUCGUUGAGGUUAUGCAAAUUAAUCGAUGAAAUGACUGAAAUGCUUGUCACUGUUGAAGUCGAGAUCAUCACGAGACCCAAACAUACAACUACAAUAAUUACAAUACUGGGUUAUAUUGAAUGUCAUCUAGUCCUGAUUUGAAAGGAGUGAUUGUGACAUUUUUCCUUUCAAAAAAAUUGUGGAAUUAUGGGUAUUGCCCAUCGAGUGGCUAUGUGCUUUUAAAAGUCAUCCUGCUUUGAAGCUUGUGAAUUUGAUGUAAUUUUUAUGAGGUAUGAGGUAUAAUUAAGAGUGUGGGUGUGACAUCCCUGACAUUUUCGGCUCACCUUCGUGGCUGGUGGUGCAUACCCUCUGUUAUGACAGGUGCAUUAAUAAACUGAUCUACGGUCCAAGUUAAUGCUUCUUGGCAGGUAGUAUAACCGGCGCAGAAGGUCAAAUCGCGCCUAUUAUCAUCUCAAAGAGUCUCGAGCUCAAGGCCAGCUCCUACUGUAAGGGGCACCCUCUGGCAUUUUGCCGUUUUUUCCUGAUCAACCUCUUGUAUGAUGCUUUAUGGUGACUCUCGCCUAAAUGCCCUCUUGGAUUGCUGUACAUUAGGCCAAAAAGUGUCCGGUUUCUUGUCAGCGAGCGCGUCGCAGUUUACCUGUGCUUUGGCAAAAUAAAAAAGUUUUUUAUUUGGUAUAAACGAUGUCCAGAAGCUGCCAAACUUGCUUUAAUCGACCGGAAAAUUUUGACCAUUUUUAGUUUUGGAUGGGGUUCGGUUGAGUAAUAUGUGCAGUAGAGGAGUCCCAUUUAUUUAGCUGGGUGCUCAUUUAUUUAGCCGGGUGCUCUUUUUCAGAUGACGACGUUACUGAAUUAUAAAUCUACAUCUGAGAACCACCACACGAACGAGGUGGUCUUAUGUCCUGUGUACAUGUACAAGUUGAAAAUGCUUUUAAACAGUUAAAGUUCAGGGGGCGAGAAUUGCGUGCACAUGCCGUCGCCGCGAUGGACAUCACGCGUCAUCGUGCAUCAUUUCCAGAAAAAAGAGAAGGGAAAAAAAACCACGUCGCCGCACCACUUUUGGAGCCAAGCUCUGACCAGAAACCGAAGCUUUUUUUGGCCUUAUGCUCUUAUUUCCGCUCGUACUUAACCCUGCAUUGUUGAUUUGAAUGUUACGACGCAGCGGCUAAGAACCAAACGAAUUACUGCAAUAUGUACUCUAACGAAAAUGUACUGUAUAAUUUUAAGAUCUUGAUAUCAUCUGGUUAUCUGGUGAAUACUGUAUGGUUUAAUUAAUACCAACUUUGUUCUGAGUUGGCUGAAGAAUUCAUUCGUUAUAGAGGCGCAUUAUGCGCUGUAGACAGAUCAGAAAUACCGACAUAUGGGCCAUCAAUCAAUAUCAAAAAUCACUGCUCGUAAUUCUGGCUGGUAACACCCGUGACGCUUUCACUUAACACAUUUGCAAAGCACCUUUCAGGAAAUGAACCCCAGAUGUACAUUUGAAAAAGGAGGGUGUAAGAUCUGCGCCUUGUUCCUCCACCUACUAAAACUUAAAUUAACGGAUCUACCGUGGCUACGGAUUUUGAGCACCGAAACGUUCUCGGGUGACUACUGAAUGGACACACGCACUGCUCAUCCAGGGAGCUGUAAUUUGCAAACAAUUCGAGUGAAAAUGCAAUUAUGUUUUGUCCAACCGCACGAUCUAUUAAUACGCAGCCAUCACAAGCCAGUGAGUGCAUAAUGUCUAUGGUUUGGAAACAUAUUUGAUAAUUUCGCAGUGCUUGUAGAAAUAUCCGUGCUCUUAAACACGGUUGUGAUGCUAUUACGGAGCAGAUAAUGGCCAAAAUAUAUGUUCAUAAAAUUAGUCCUUAAAUAAAUGUCGGGCACCAGUGAAAAGAGCUGUAUUAGGUACAAUACUCUGCAACAUACAAGAUAAUUUUUAGAUCGUCAGGACUUUGUAUUGUUUUCCAACGCUAAUAAUACAAUAUAAAAAGUAGCUUACAAUGUCCAAAUAAACUUCUUAUAAAGGUACUUCUUUUCGGUACAUUAUCUAUUAAAGCGUAUUUGACGUGCAUGCUAUUAUUCGAGAAGAGUACAUUUAUAUGAAUCCGUGAAUGUUAUUUUACUUAUGCAGUUGCAAAUGUACAGCUGCCAUUCGAAUUGAAACAUCUUCCGUUUAAACUUUGGUCGGAAUUCAUUCAACAUAGGCCCUACCAAAAUUUAUGGAAGAUGUUGAGACGUGGGUAAAAAUCGCUCUCAGAACGGCCACAUGCUCGCAUACCGGACAUGCUGUACCAACACAGGUGAUACGUCAUGAUUGGACAGGGAUGCGAAGUGGAUGUCCAGUGGCAAAUCACUUAAGACGGGAUCACACGGAAUGGUGGGGUGCUUUAUUUCACCUCCAAAGCCUGCCACAUUCGCGAAAUAACAACCAUGUGACAACCAGCGCCCAGUGUUUGCGAUUAAAUUGGACAGAAAUCAACUUUUACCCGCACAGAUUGCAAACUGAAUGAAUUUAUCGUACCGACUCGCCGUGAGCCCAUUUGGAAAACCUGUGGCAAACCUAGUUACAGUGUUUUAGAACACUAAUUUUUUUUUCCUUUUUAUUCCCAGAAAUGGUAUUUAAAGUUGAGAGUAUUCAUCUGAUGAAAGAAAAUUAUGAUAACACUACAAUGGUACGCGACCAUAUCAGAAUCAAAAACACUCAGAAAGCGUUCGAAAGAAAGAUGAGGUUAGAAUAUUGUGAAUAAUUGGCCGUGUAAACGACGACGAGGAACUGAAGUUGGAGGCUGAAGGAGACUGAUAUCAAAUCAGAUCAGUUAGACCAGGUCUGUGGGAUCGAUUUAUUGAAGCACGUGUGAUGAGAAUUUAUACUGGAACGGAAUAAAUCAGAUUAAGUCCUAUCCAAAUGAGAAUUUUGAAGGAUUACAUUGCUCGGUGAGAAGAGAGACUGUGUGCCGGGGAAGAAAGAAAUUUUAAUUUGCUUGUCCUUGACAGCUGGAGACCAAGUAGAGAAAGGGUGAUAGAGAAAACACAAAACAAAGAAAGCCAUGGAUGGAGAACGGAGACACCGUGCGAGAUGUGCUAAUCACAGAUGAGCAAGAUGAUGAGGGUGAGUGUCCGGGUCUGUUGGGCUUCGGGAAAUUGUCUCGACAUAUCAAUCGCUACACCAGGUGGCGUUGUGUUCCGGAAUGCAUACGCACUUUCACACCAUUCCUCUGUCCGCCAGCGAACAGAUAAAGGAUGAAAUAAAUGUCAUAAAUCGAGGUGAGGAAAAAAGUGCAUUGCGUCUGGCAAGGCGCUCCAUGCCUCAGUCUGUGCUGUAUAAAAACGACAAAAUUAGGUUAUCCCCUCACUGAAUUACGCAGCAAUGCACAGUUGGAUGUGUCUUGGGGACCGCGCGUGAAAAGUGGAUGGGAGGACGAUUGACGGUUAUAAGUGAACACGCACGAAAAGUGCACAAUGUGUGGUAUGGAUGAUUACCGGAACAACUGAUGGGAAAAAGGAGGGUGUUGUGGAAAGGGAGUGAAAGAAAACGAUGAGAGAUUUUGAGGGGAAAAUGGUGCAGAGGCCUGAAGGGCGAUGAAUCGUGGUGUAAUUGAUAACCAUUUACUAGGGUCUGUUGGAAAUGAACCUUUCAGAGAUGUGAUGUUUUAUUGUAAUUUAUGAGAUUUGUUGCUCUGACUGCCAUUUUGUAUUCCAUGUCUGCAUUUCGAAUACACAGACGGAGUGUCCAAUACCUACCGACUCUCCAUUCACACUAGCAUCUCAAAUGAUGGUAAAUUUUCCCUCUUUUUUCAUUACCAUGUGGAAAAAAUCAUUAAUUUUUUGUAAAGGUGUCUCUUUUCUCCUAAUAUCGAAUUGGUCAGACAGAUGAGGAGCUGUGAUUUUCACUUUGUGUCUUGUUAUUUUUUGUCUUAUUAAUGGUUAAUGUGUACAUUUAAUACUCUCCUUUUUGUAAUGAUAACUAUUAUCAGAUUUGAUUGUUUCAUGUCUUGACGUAAUCGAAUCUAUUCAGUGGGCCUACUGGCUGGUUUUCACAAGCGUGCUAGAAGCAAUCUUGAUGGAUAGACCUAUUAAAUCUGGAACGCAAACCCCAAAGGUGAUGAACGACGGAUGUUUCUUCGCGUCUUAGAGAUGCCCAAACUAGGAUUCUUCAAGCAAGCCCAGGUCUCCCUUUCUCUCCCCCCCCCAGCCCUUAUGGGAGUGCAGUUUAGAUGAACUCUUAGCGAGGGACAAUUUGUGAGCGAUGCGGGAAUAAUUUGUCCCGGGCCGCCUGGCCAUUCCGCGCGCUGUUGGGUGUUGAUGACGACUCCAGCGUGACGCUCAUAAUAAUUAUGCGGCAAACGUGCCCACUGACGCGCCGCUGUGCUUUCAUUUUUCAAGAAGUUCGUCUACAAAUAAUUUGUUUCAGUCCGAGAAAACCGUUGCAGAAAUCAAGCGUUUAAAACAAAAUAGACAGAUUACAUCAAGACAUGGAAUGCUCCGUCCGUGAGUAAACUUAGAUGGAGGACAAUGAUACUGAGCUUGAAGAAACCGGUAAAGGUCGUGUUGUGGGUACAAAGCUCGAGUCUUGAAGUAUGGUACCGAUAUUGCCCAAGCACUUACAGUGUGGCUUAAAAGUGAAGUCCCCACAUGAAUACGGGAAGCAAUUCAAGUAUCUUGGUAUACCGUUAGUCCAAUUCAACUCACGAAAUGCAAUGUUUGCUCUUGAAACAUGUAGGCUGUUUGAGUUUGAAUAGGCUUCCCAAAUCUACCUGGAAAAGUUCGACUCCUGGAGCUUUCAAAGGUUGCUCAAGGAAAACUGAUUUUUAGAGGUAAUACGAGUUUGUAGCUCUGUUUUCAUUCCCAAAUACUGUUUUGAACUUUCGGUAUAUACGAGGGAACAUCGAUAGUUUUUACUCUGGGGUACUGAAGAGAAUGUUGUGGGUGGGACCCGCCCCACCCAACCCUAGUGGAAAGCCUUGAGUGGAUCUGAACGAAAGAUUGAAUGGUAUCUUAUUUGGGAUGAAAACAUGACCUUUACUCAACAAUCACAAAAGAUUCUUCAAGGAAUAUUGUAAGAUGUAAAUAAAAUGUAUUUUAUCACUCCAUAUACUUAAACAUAUAUUAACGAAUGUAUAUUAGACCUCAGUGUAAAAUAUGAAAUAUUUAUUCGUGAGACUUGUUCACAUAAAAUGUGCAUGUAAGUAAUAAGUUGUAUGAAAGAAAUGGAUUGAAUGAUGGAAAAACGUGGAAACUCGUUAUUUUUUCGAAGGGUCACAGAAACAUGCAGGCUGCAAAA